AGGAGGUUUCCUGCUUCCUCAAUGAGAAGUACAAGAUUUUCAUAAACAGAGUUAAGGAACACCAGAAUAGCAGAUUUACUGGAUUAUUUGGGGGAUGCUUUUCAUUAACUGCAAAACCUAAGAUGGACCAGUAAUUGCAUUUUGUAAAUAGGCUUUGCAUUUCUACAGAUGUGAACAUUUUAGUCUCACUUCUGAGUAAAAUGUAUGUUUGGAUUGCCUUGCCCAGAAGAGAAAAUGUUAAAUUCAUCAAGGAAAAAAGUUACUUUUUGUGAGAAGACCACUUACAUUGAUGAAGCCAAAAUUAAGAAGGCCUGUGCUGUUCAUUCCAGUGUAAUAGAAGCUUACUUUCCAGAUCUUGUCAAGCAGCUAUUAGUUUCUCCUCAUCUGAUCAAACGACUGAAAGAAAAACAUAUUUUGACAUCUGAACAAGUUCAAAAGGUGGAGCUAGAACGCAAAAAUGAACUAAAGGUUGCCCAAAUUCUUCAGACUGUUAAAGAUUCAAAAUCCUGGGUUUUUGCAUCAUUUUGUGAGGUUCUUUGUGAUAUGGGAUACUGGUAUUUAGCACGAACCCUUCAAACAGCUGUUCAAGAAAAUUCAAAAGGAACCCAUUAUUUUUCAGGCCCAACAACAACAACACGUGAAAAACAAAUAUUAAAUGAAGUAGUGCUCUUGCCUGUGGAACCUGACAAGAUACUAAAGAAAGAUCAAAUAAUAAGAAUCCCAAUACAGGAUCUGAGAACACAUUAUUUAAUGAGGGUUAAGGAUCUUGAAGAAAAGCUGGCCCUUGCACGAUGGGAAAGGAACGUGGCACGAAAGGAGUGGAAUGCUGUGAGAGAAGAAAAUGAAGAGCUUCGAAAACUGAACAAUGAAAUACAAGCGCUUACUGCAAAGUUACGGUUCUCUAGGUUUGCUGCUAACGUGAAGGAUUUACAGCAGAGUAUGUUCACCCUUCUUUCCAGGACAGAAAGAACUCAAAGAUGAAAAAAAGCAUAUGCCAUCUUUGUGCAGAAAUUGGCAAUGGAGAAAUGCCCUUAGGAAGCAAAUUACGCAAAGUACAAUUUAUAAUGGAGGCGGUUUUAUAGAUUCUUCCAGAUUCUGAUUCCAGCAAAAUUUUUCAAACAGCAGGAGAUGGGAUUGGGUGCUGUCAGGUUGGACAUGGGCAAUAUGACAUGCCUAGAGUGUAGGGGUCUAUAUUACAUAAUCAAAGAGACACUUCUUCGAAUAUGUAAUCAUCAACCCCUAAACACCGAAAUGCGAAAACCGCGAACGGCCAAAACCGCAAAUUUUUCAGUUGCCCGUUCCCAGAGUUUACCCUUUACCCCAAUGUAGCGUGAUCUUGGAGUUGGUAUAUUUAGUUAGGGGGGUGUGGGGGCAAAGCCCCCCACUUAAAUUACAUUUGAUGUGUUUGUCUUGUUUCUACGGCCCCGCAAAUGUUUUCCCUAGGAAAAAUUUCACGUUUUUUGCAUUUCGGUGUUUAGGGGUCGAUGAUUACAUAUUUGAAGUGUCUCUUCGAUUAUGUAAUAUAGAUCCGAGUAUAGACCUCAACUUCAGACUACAUAAAACACGUUAUAGGGUACAAUGGACAAUUUCCACUCUUGCGGAAUGGCAAACCAAAUUCAGAACCAGACUGCCUUUACUAACACAAAUCAGAGGAAUGUGUUCUUAAUGAUUUCCACUAAAAAAUAUCUUGAAGCAUUAUAAGUUAGGUACUUGUUACGUAUAAUUAUAGCAGUAAAAGUAUCCCCCAAGUCUGAGCUCUUACAUUAUGCUAUAGUCUGAUAAGGUGGCAGAGAAUGACUGACAAGGUGUCAAAACGUGUGAUAACUUGUAGCUAAACUUAGUUUAAAAUGUAAAUGUACCAGAAAUUUCUGAAAGGCUUUUCAUUUAAGCCACAAGACAACAAUGAGUUGGUUUCAUGUUUGCAUUAAGAGCUAUUUCACUUGAAAGCUUUGUGCCUAUUAAACCACUGUAUUCUUUUCUU